AUGCCUCCAUCCGACUGCCAGAACUUCUCGAACGAUGUGUUCACGGCCUAUGGCCUGCCUGAGGACCUCCAAAUUGGCUCCAACACGCGUGGUAACCACCCAGCUUCCAUCGACCGACCAGUCCAGGAUCCAGAAUGGGAUGCUCCCAGCUCCAGAGGUUACACGGUCUCUCGGCAUAUGAUCAACGAGCCGCCGACAGACAAACCUUUCAAAAUCAUAAUGAUGGGCGCGGGUGCUGCCGGUAUCGACUUUAUCCAUCAUGCUACCAAAGAAUUACAGGGACUUGACAUCGUCUGUUAUGAUAAAAAUCCAGAGGUUGGUGGUACAUGGUACGAGAAUCGCUAUCCCGGUUGUGCCUGUGAUGUUCCUAGUGUGGGCUACACGUUUCCAUGGAAAGCCAACCCAAACUGGACGAAUUUCUAUUCUGGAGCUAGAGAAAUUUGGGAGUAUAUGAAGGCAAUCGUAGAUGAAGAGGGCAUGAUGAAGUAUAUACAACUCAACACAACGGUCAUAGGGGCGACCUGGAAUGAGACUAAGAGUAAGUGGAUUGUCAAGCUGGAGAAGAAGACUCUAGUAGAGGAUGACGGGAGUGUCAUAGAGUGGGAGGAGGAAUGUGACUUGCUCCUGAACGGGCUUGGGUUUCUAAACGCCUGGAAAUGGCCCGAAAUACCCGGAAUUCAAUCUUUCAGGGGUGAUCUCUUCCAUACAGCUAAUUACAAGGAGGGCUUCGAUCUAAAGGGCAAACGUGUUGCUGUCAUUGGCUCUGGUAGCUCUGGAGUUCAAGUAGUUGCAUCUGUCUACUCCGACGUCUCUGAAUUAUAUACUUGGGUUCGAAGCCCGACAUGGAUCACAGCUGCGUUUGGGCAACAAUUUGCCGGCAAAGAUGGACGGAAUUUUGAUUACACUCAAGAGCAAAAGAAAGAGUUUGCGAGAGACCCCGAAAAAUAUCAUCGCUACAAAAAGAUGAUUGAGAACGAACUAAACAAAAGAUUCAAGCUAGUAUUACGAAAUACUCGCGAGUCUGAUGAAGCUAAUGCUUUUGCCUUCGGAGAGAUGACUUCGAAAUUGAAAUCAAAACCACAUCUAAUGGGUGUGAUGAUCCCUAAGGAUUUCAAUGUAGCUUGUCGCCGGCCAACACCUGGGAACGGCUAUCUAGAAGCACUUACUGGACCAAAGACGACCGUCUUCACGGAAAGUAUCAAAGCAAUUACACCAACAGGCAUUGUUGACUCGGCCACUGGGACCGAAUAUCCAGUCGACGUUAUCAUAUGCGCUACAGGGUUUGAUACAUCUUACAAGCCGCGCUUUCCUAUCACUGGCCUUGACCCUAAUGUCACUCUCGCAGAGAAAUACCCAAAACACCCAUCCAGCUACCUUGGUAUAGGUGUUGACGGAUUUCCAAACUACUUCACAUAUUCUGGUCCUUUCACACCUAUAGCACAAGGUUCAGUGCUACCGAUCAUUACUCACUUGACGAAAAACUUCAUUGAAGUCAUUAACCACAUGCGUCGCCAGCAUAUUCGACGCCUCAGCCCCAAAAAGUCUGUGGUUGAGGACUUUGUCGAGCACGCGGACACGUUCCUCAAGCGGACUUGCUGGGCUGAUCCGUGCCCAAGUUGGUUCAAGCAGGGUACAAAGACUGGGCCGAUAGUGAUGUGGCCUGGAUCGAGACUGGCGUAUUUCGAGGCGCUGCGUAAGCCGCAUUUCGAAGAUUACGAGAUCGAGUAUUGGAGCAAAAAUAGGUGGGGGUUUUUGGGCAAUGGCUUUGUUGAUUUUGAGUUCAGUGACAAAGGUGAUAUUACUUGGUACUUGGAUAAGCUCUCGGGGAGGGAGGAUUGGGAGAACGGUGUGCCAUUCAAUAAGGAUCCAAUGGAAUUCGCGGGUAUUGCUCAAGGCGCUCUACCGAAUGUCCAGACGAAUGGGAAAGCCAACGGAGUAGCCUAA